AUGACUUUAAAGAAAGAAACGGGUUUACUAGAAAGCAGUACAAGGCUAAAACCUCAUGAAGCUCAAAGCUACAGAAAGAAGGCAUUGUGGGUUUCCUGGGUCUCCAUUAUUGUCACACUGGCUCUUGCAGUGGCUGCUUUCACUGUCUCCGUAAUGAGAUACAGUGCAUCAUCAUUUGGAUUUGCUUUUGAUGCUACCCUGGAUGUUUUGUCAUCAGCGAUAGUUUUGUGGCGUUACAGCAACGCAGCUGCUGUGCAUUCUGCACACAGGGAGUACAUAGCUUGUGUUAUCUUGGGUGUCAUAUUCCUCCUGUCAUCUCUAUGUAUUGUGAUCAAAGCCAUCCAUGAUCUUGCGAAGAAGGUGCUUCCAGAAGUGGAUGAUUUUCUGUAUAGCGUCUCCGUUUUAAGUGGAAUCCUUUGCACUGUCUUGGCAGUAAUCAAAUUUAUGCUGGGAAAGGUCCUUACAAGCAGAGCGCUGAUAACCGAUGGUUUCAACUCCCUUGUAGGUGGAAUAAUGGGAUUUUCCAUCCUUCUUAGUGCAGAAGUUUUUAAACACAAUUCUUCUGUCUGGUAUCUGGAUGGCAGUAUAGGAGUUUUAAUUGGACUUACAAUAUUUGCCUAUGGAAUCAAGUUGCUUAUCGAUAUGGUGCCCCGUGUAAGGCAAACGCGCCAUUAUGAAAUGUUUGAGUGAAGAUCACACCGUCUCCUCUGUCAGGACUGUAGAACUACAGCAUCGUACAUUUUGGCAAGUGGUGCCAAUGGUAUUUUCCUAAAUAUGCAGUUUGUUUCCCGUGGUCUGUUUUUGCUGAAGUUUGUUUUAAUGGGAAAUCUCUCUGUAAAACUGGCAUAUGUGCACACUGCUUGCAAUUCAGCGAAACAGCAGCAUUUUUUUUUUUCCAAGUAUGCUAUUGAUUCCUGUGACAAUAGAAAACAUGCAGUUUGCAGUUUUAACCCAGCUGCCAUGUUGUAUGUUCCAGAGUGAAAGUGUUCUUAAUGGUGUGAUAAGCCUGUGGGUAAAGAAGUGCCAGUUUCAGAUCCUGUUUUCUUUUCCCCUGACCUGUAUUUUCCCAAACACGUGCUGUAACAGAAGUACAAUCCUUGCUAACCUCUUCGGCUAACCGAGCAUCCUAUGUAGAGUCUGGACACCAAGAGCUGUGUUGCUUAAAACACUUCAGUAGCUACUUCCCCCCCGCCAUUCAAAUAGGUGCACAGAAAGAGCAGGUACAGACCUUUCUGUGAUCAGAGAGAGACUUCAUGUUAAUCCUAAAUUAACUGAAACUAUACCUCUUCAAUUUAAAUUCUAUUUUUCUUAACGAGACACUGUUCAUAGCUUUGCAUGGACCAAACAAGCACACACAGUAUUACUGUACAGACCAAAGCCAAAAAGUCGUGCAAGGAGGAGGAGCUGCUUGAGGAAUGGGAUUUUCAUCUUCUGUUAUACUAUACGCAGAUGUACCGGCGUGUGUGACAUUGUGGUUGCUCUGUAGUCUGAUGAUGGCACAGCAGUGGCUCGAUCUGGUGGUGAGAUACAGAUCUAUUUAUUAGAUUUAGAUUGUCCUGUGAAGUGUUGCUCACCUUCCAUCACACAUCUUCUAUAUUACUUAAUAGCAGGUUAAAUUAUCAAAGAAUCUUGAUGUAUAAUGAAUAAAACUGUUAUCUAUUUUAUACAGUAUCUGUAAGUAACAUUUGAAAACUAUUUCCAGAAUGUAUCAUAGAACAAAGUCUUCCUGUAUAGCAGCCUAUUAAACUGGAUUCUCUGGCUAUA